CGCUGAGUGGGGUCUUUCGCCCUAUUGUUUCUUACAACAGGAAGUUGAAGCCGGAGGCGAUUGGUUAAAAUGCCAGAGGAGAUGACAGACGGUGGGAGGAAGCUUGUGACCCUCGACAACCUCAUCGAUGCCAUGAACAAGCGUGAGAGGGCGCCGAGCAAUGUCCCGAAGGUCGAGACAUUCCACUUCAAAGGGGAUCGGGUAUCUGACUGGUUGGAUCUGACAGAGCAGGCGCGGGUGGGACUGUCAGAUGAGGUCAAGCUCCAACGGGUCCUGAGGUACGUCCUGCAUAGUCACCAUCGGGAAGUAACUAAGGUUGUGGAUGCCGCCUGUGGCAGUUGGAGGAAGUUUGGAGACCUAAUGCGAAGGAAGUACAGGCUGGGGGACGGUCCGUUGACCAUGGCCGACUUGGAAGUCAUGAAUAAGGAAGACUUCUCUACCAUUGAGGCGUUCGUGCACGAGUUUAAGAAAAAGGCGAGGAAAGUGCACGGGAUUUCUGAGGAGGCGCAGUGCGCCACAUUUUUGGGGCUGCUCACAGGCUCGGAGGCCGCAGAGCUGACGAAGUAUGGGGAAGGAAGCAAGAGGCUCACCUGGGCAACCAUUAACAAGGGAGUGGAAGAAGGGAGUCUGGACCAGGUGGAGCAGCACCAAAUGAGGCUGCAAAGGUGCAAGAGGAAGGAGAGGGAUGCUACCGCCUUCAGGACCCCAGGGGUGAAGAGAAUAGUCACGGACGUGCUGGCAGCAUUGGGGUAUGAUAAUGAAGCAGAGAUACAGAAAAGGGGGGUGCUAGUGGCCCAAGGCCGGGCGUCAGGGGUAGUGGAUGAUGAGGCUGGGCAAGAAGACUAUGGCGGAGGGGAGAUAGGCUCCCAGGCCGCGCAGACUAGGGGCCAAAGUAAGGCUACCACCAGUCAAGGGCCUAGCCAGGCACCCAGUCGGGCGCCCCCUCGAAAGGACCAUGAGCCCGAACGAAGGAAAGAAGUAGUAGAGGUUCAAGAAGAGGAAGAUGAGGGUGAUGACGAAGAGGACGAGAGGCUCCGACAAGAGGAGGACCGGAGAGCGGAACAUAGGGCCAAGAAGAGAGGGGCUCAGGGAGGGGCGGAGCUGAGCCUGCAUGAUGGCGUGCCAAAGAGGAAAAAGUACGCAGUCCGGCUGGAGGAAGGUUUUUACGUGGAGCGAAUGGUGGACAAGCUCCUGGAGGGCCAUAACGAUUUGAUGAACUUAAAGGACAUUUUGGCGUCGGCACCAAGGCUCCGUGGCGAGCUAAAAGGGCGGCUCUCUCGAAGGUUAGUGCCCAAUGUCCACCUGAGCUCAAUUUUGCCCAGGGAGAUAGAGUGGAAGGAGGCGGGCACCAGGAUGGAUUGGAAAUGUGUGGCGUGUGGGUUAGUGGAUUUGAAGGUGAGGGACCAGUCGAGCAUUGCAAUGGUGGACACAGGCGCGAGGAUGAAUAUCAUCCGGGAGCGGGACACGACGAUGUUAGGGUUGGAAGUUGACCACUCGGACCAUGGUGUGCUGCACGGCGCCAACUGCAAGGCCAUUUUCUGCGGCACCGCGUCUAAUGUGAUGGUGGAGAUUGGGAGAGUAAGAGCGCGAACGUGCUUCUUCGUCAUGCCCGAUGUCGACCACCCCAUCCUUCUGGGGAGGUCGUUCCUCUGCCGAACGGAGAUCUUGGUCUUCAACAGGCAUGAGGGGACGAUGAUCCUGGCUUUAUCCGAUCCGGCCUGCGGAAACUACGAAAUCAUCAAGUGCCGGAAUACAGGGCCCGGAAGUGGGAGGAACAGGCUCAACCUCGGCUCCUUUACCUUCGAGGAGUCCGAGUAUGCGCGACGGAGACUCCGGGAGGAGCAGGAGGAGGAAGGAGCAGGCGAGGUGUUGUCUCUGAGCCUUAAUGAUGUAAAUAAGGCAAUGGAGGUGGUGGUGGCGCACGAUAUGGCGGACCCUGAGGCUAUAAAGGCGGUGAGGUGCAGGCGGUACAAGACUGUAGACAAGAAGUGUCGCCCGGUCCCCGUGCUGGUCACGGAGGAUGAGGAAGCCUAUUAUGAGCGAGAGCGGGGGCUGAUAAGACGUAUGCCGGAGCGCGCGCAGGCAGGGCCAUGCCGCAUCAAUAAUGAGAACGAGGAGGGGCUGAUAAUUGGCGAACCUGGUUUCCUUUCGCUCCAGGAGAGGACCUUGAUGGUGGAGACCAUGAAGAGGAGGCAGUGCGCGUAUGCAUUUAAUGAUGACGAGCGUGGGAGGUUGGACAUGGAUAAAAUCCCGAUGAUACGAAUCCAUACCGUCCCACACGAGCCGUGGAACCUGAGGGGCGCGCGGUACCCGAAUCCGGAUGAGGAGAAGAAGGUGGUGGAUUACUUGGAUGGGAAGAUGAGGACGUAUGUGGCGGAUUACUCCAAUGGACCGUAUGCAUCCCCUUGGUUUUGUUUUAUCAAGCCGAACGGAACGCUACGGUGGGUGCAGGAUUUGCAACGACUGAAUGCAGUGACGGUGCGGGACGCGGGAGGAUUGCCGAACGUGGAUGCCCUGUUAGAGUCAUGCGCAGGAAGGCCUAUAAUCUCGCUUAUAGACCUUUAUUCUGGGUAUGACCAGUUUCCUGUGUACCUGCCAGAUAGGCUGGUGACGGCAAUGCAUACGCCAAGGGGACUGAUCCACAUGAACGUGGCCCCUCAGGAGUGGACUAGUGCGGUGGCAAUAGUGCAAAGGCACAUAAUUAGGGUCAUGCAGAUGGUUAAUCCACAUAUUACCCAGCCCUAUAUCGACAAUCUAGCGGUCAAGGGCCCAAAGGAGAGGGAGGAAGACGAGGUGAUGCCAGGAGUGAGGCAGUUCGUCUGGAAGCAUAUCCAGGACAUCGAUCAGGUUCUGGGUCUGCUGGAAGAGCAUAACCUGACGGCGAGCGGCCCCAAAUCGAAGCAUUGUAUGAGGGAGGUCACGAUUCUGGGCUUUGUCUGCAACGAGAAGGGGCGGAGGCCAGACGUGAAGAAAACGGAUAAGAUCCUAGAGUGGUCAGUCCCCUUCCAGUCAAUAACGGACGUGAGGAGCUUCCUUGGGACCUGUGGGUUUUGGAGGAGUUUUGUGAAAGACUUCGCCACCAAGACGGAGCAUUUGAGGAAGCUGGUGCGUCAGGAUCAGGAAUGGGUCUGGGGCAAAGACCAGGAGAAGGUUGUAGAAGGGAUGAAGAGAGAAUUCAAGGAAGGAGGUUUGGUGCUAGGAGCGCCAAACUACGAGGCCACGGAGGAGAAGCCAUUCGUUGUCGAGACGGACGCUGCCUUAGGAGGAGUCCUGAUUCAGGCGGAUGCUGAUGGCAAGGAGAGGCCGCUGAGGUUAGAAAGUCGUACCCUCAAUACGACUGAAAGGAACUACUCGCAGUUCAAGAAAGAAACGUUGGCGGUGCUUCAUUGCCUAAGGACCUUCCGUAACUAUAUCUUUGGCAGGAGGCUCAUCUUGAGGGUGGAUCCUACCGCGCUGGUGUGUUCCCUGAAAAGUUAUACUCCAUCUGACCCAACCAUCGCAAGGUGGUUGACCUACAUUUGGAUGUUUAACUUUGAGUUGGAAAGGAUUCCCAGGGACAAAAACAGGGCAGAUGGGUUGAGCCGUAUCAACUGGGACGGGGCGAAUCAGGAAUCAAUUGAGGAUACCCCACCAGUCGAUGGGUUCUUGGAUCAGGAGGAGGAUGUCCACCUCCACAUAAAUGAAUGGUCGCUGAGGGUGCCUAGCUGCGUCACGCAACCUAUAUGGCUGACACCAAGAGGGUACGAGCGAAAGGAGGAGUUGGUCCUCAAGCCCUUCCAGGAAGAAGAUCUGUGGGGCAGUAGGGAUGUUGGCUGGAUGAUGAAGUUGGCAUUGGCAGGGAUACAUAGUCUGGCGGAGGAGGUAAGGACGAUAGAGGAAGGCCCAACCCAGGUAGAGGAGCAUGAACAGUUAAUGGGAGGAAUAUAUUUGCUCACUAAUACGCUCCUGCAAGGGAUCUUCGACCGGAGGAACUCAUUUGUUCCGGAGAAAAGUGAAAUUCGUGUUCCGGAAAGCCAGGACGAUGAGUUCGAAGAGGGGGAGAUCAGGGAGGCCUUCCGCGCUGAGGAGUAUGACGGCAUCUAUCGGGAGUUGGGGUUACUCCUGUCAUGCGAGAUGAGGGAUAGGGACGCAAGUGCUAAAGCCCAGAAGAUGAGGCAUCUCUACGUUGUAAGAGAUGGUCAUCUGUUUAUAAAGCGACAGGUUGGGAACCCAAAGAGGAUCGUAUGUGGGAGGAACCGGCAGAUUGAUGUCAUAGCAGCCUUAUACGAUGGUAUAGCAGAGGGGCACAGAGGGGUUAGUGCCACGUGCGCAAAGAUAAGUGAGUUAUACCAUUGGGAUGGAAUGCUGACUAUGGUCAUCAAGUACUGCCAGUCUUGUGUACCUUGCCAACAGAGGUCGGCGCAAAGGCCGGGGGAACCUUUGCACCCCAGGCUGGAAAGGGAAGUGGGUGCAGUGGUACACCUGGACCUGUUGUUCAUGCCACGCGGGGAAGACGGAAGUAACUAUAUCUUCGACGCACGAGACAACCUUACCGGGUUCGUGGACGGUCGAGCUAUUCGUACGAAGACUGACCCACUUCUAGCAAGGUGCAUCGAAGAGUAUUACCUGCGCUAUCCGUUCGUCAGAGAAUUUGUGAUGGACCGAGGGUCGAAAUUCACCUGUAAUGAGGUACGGACCUUGCUUGCAGGGUUUGACUUUUCGAAGGCAGUCAUGCAGAGGGGCGGGAGGAACACACGGCCACGCCAGGGGCUCCAGAGGAUGGCGGGAGGGGGCGAGCAGCAUGGGACGCCUAGGAGGGAGCCUACACCUGAGUUUGAUGACGACAACAUUGAGCUCUUCUUGGACGUAUAUCGGGACCAUGCGGCACAGAGAGGGUGGAGGGCGUUCGGACGGGCACAGCACGAGAGGCACGAGCCCAGGGUUGAGACGCGACGGCGAAGCAAGAGGCCGAGGGAACCGGCACCGAGAGAGGUGGGGCUAGCCAGAGAGAGGAGGAGGGCCCCACCACGGCAGGAGGAUGAGCCCGCAGGGCCCGCAUUGGCAGAGGAGUCGUUCCCCGCUUGUGGCCUCCGGGCAGUCGAGUUUCGACGGAUUACGAGUGAGGAGUUGAGAUCGCCCCCACCAUUGCCAUCAGCACAGGAGCUGGACAUACCAAGAGAGACGCCAUUCCGAAGCUUAACGACUCAUCUCGACGUAUCCCAAUGGGAGGCCUCACGGCUGGGAGAGGGCUCAGUUGAGCCGGCGUGCUACGUGCCGUUGGAGGAGCCCUUGGACCCCGAGAUGGAGACAGACAUGCGAGACCGAGAGGAGCUGCAGGAUCCUGAGAUGGCAGUCGAGCAGCCGGAUCCGGUACGACCUCAGGGUGGGGAAGUGAUCACGGUUGGCGACGAUACCCCGCCAUGCUCCCCAGUUCCAGAGCUAGCACAACACCCGUGGCCAGAGGGGAUUCCGAAACCAGGCAGCGAGGAGAUCCCUGAGUUAGAGGCCAAUGCGGUGCCUGAGCAGGUAGUAGAGAUGGAGGAGCACGGGGCGGGCGAGGGAGUGAGGAUGGAGGCACCCCUUGACUUGCCAUCGGCCACGCACGUGACCAAGAGCCCAGUUAUCGAGGAGCCCGUUCCGGUGGAGUUACCGCCAGCAGUGCCAUGCACGAGCGAGGGGAUGGGUAUUGAGGCACCAACCCCGGAGGGCCAGAGGCCGCGAGUAAGAGGAGCCCCAAGGGAGACCCGCGAAGAGAGGUCCGCUCGGGUACGGGUCCGUCUGGAUGAAAUACACGCGAGGCAGGCUGAGAUGGAGGCGGCAGGGAUAGAGCCGACACCACCGGUCGAGCCCAAGACGAGCGAGCAGAGGAUCGACGAGUUGUGGGUCAGAUAUGAGAGUCAGAGGGAUGCGGCCCGCCAGAGGUCACGAGAGGCAGGACAGGCGGACAAGGAGACGAGUGAGUUAAGAGAGAUGGGGGACUUGGGGUUCUCCGCGACCAGGCAGGCAAUUGAGCGCAUGGAUCGGAGGGUAUGCGAGACAGCAGUCACAUCUUUCCAGUGGUAUAAUCUACUCAACAAUGAGCUCAGAGUCAAAGAGUUGGAGGUAGAGCACCUGACUACUCAGCUUGUCGAGGAGAGGGCGAGGAGCCAGGCUAGAGAGGUUGAGUGGGAGAGGAGAUUUGGGGAGAUGGCAGCCGCUGUAGAUAGGCUCUCGGCAGCCUGGGAGGCCAGCCAGGAAGGGCGAGCCGUUGCUAAUGGUCAGGGCCGAGGGAGGCAAUCUUCGCCGAGUCAGGGAGUAGCAGUGGAGGUCCCUCGUCAGGCCAAGCCAAUGGAGGAGGUGCCCUUGGACGCAGUUGAGGAGGAGGGUGGCGCGCAGGAGUCGCUUAUGGCUAUGUCCACGGAGAGGAGAGGCUCGCGUUUGCAUGAGCUGGCAGCGGCCAUGGGGAUAGGCACUCCCCAGGAGGGGCUUAAGAGACUUGACGCUCCAGAGCAUGCCCCGAGGUUGGGAGAGUUGAGGGCGGAGCUGGGCUCCUAGGCCACGGAGACAGACUCAGGAGAGCCUGACUCGCGGCAACAGCAGCAGUAGGAGGUCAUAAGUGAGCGCACCGCCAUGGGGGGCUCUCAGCCGUCAGGAGCAUGUGGGGAUGAGGUGGUGGUGACCGAGGGGCCUCGUGAGGAGGGUCCCCGAGAGUCGGGUAUGCCAGACUGCAGGUCAGUGAGCACGACCGCACGAGGGGGUGAGGGUGCUGAGGCUAUGGAGCCCAGGCCUCACGGCCAUGUGAGAUUGCCCUCGUGUC